AAAAGCUUGUGUAAGCUUUGUGAAGAAGAAAAAAAAAAAUAUUGGAAACAUAUUGGAGAGAACGAUGGAAACAUAUUGGAACCUCAUUCUUGUGCAGACUCCGAUGAGGCUAGGAAGCAAAUUCGAGAUGCUAGUCAUGAUUGUGUUGCUGCUAAAGGGGAUUCUCCUGAGAAACUUGAUCCAGUUUUCUAUAUGGACAAGAAUGUUACCGCUUGUGAUUUACCUGAGAUUGUUGUUUGUUACAAGGAGAAUGGUUACCAUGUCGUCAAAGAUAUAUGUGUCGAUGAAGGUGUUCCUGUUCAAGAGAAGUUCUUAUUUGGCGAGAAGGAUUCUGUAAAGUCCAGCUCUAACUCAAACCAGUGUGCCUCAGAGGAAUUGAAGAAAGCAGACAAAACAAAUGUGAAUCCUACAGAAACAAAGUCCUUGGAAGACAGCAAUAGUAAGGUUGAUGUUUCUGAGGUUUGUAAUGGUACUAAGACAGUCCAAGAUGCUGAAGAAUCUUCAAGAGAAGAUUUUGCUGAUGCUGAAGGUUCUAGCAAUUACGAUCAAGAGCAUUUGAUUGUGACAGAUGAAACCAAGGACUCGCCCAUGCUUGCUUCAAAUCCAUCUGAAAUUUCUCCUGAAGUUGAAUCUGAAGAGAAUUUGAAGGACGGAGUGGCUGUUUCAUCGGAGAAUGUCUUAGCGGAAUCGUUGACCUUGGGAGAUAUUCUAUCAAGGGAAGAUGAGCAAAAAUCUCUCAAUGGCAACAGACAUGAAGAACAUUCUCCUCCUCAACUUCAGGACAAGGAAAACAGAAGCUUAGAAACCACUGGUCUCGAAUCAGAGCCUGAAAAAACAGAGGAGAAGCUUUCCACUGCUUCUACAACAACCUCUCAAGAACCAAACAAAACUUGCAACGACCCUGACAAGCCUGAAACUGAGAAUCAUCAGCAAAACCGCUUAGUGGAAAACUCUCACGAAGAUGAUAACCUUUCCUCGAGCAGAUUUGGAGAGACAAGUUUCUCUGCAGCAGAAUCAGUUUCUAUUUCAGGUCACAUAACAUACUCAGGACCAAUUGCAUACUCUGGAAGCCUCUCUGUUCGAUCCGAUGCAAGCACAACGAGCGGAAGAUCCUUCGCUUUCCCUAUAUUGCAAUCAGAAUGGAACAGUAGCCCUGUAAGAAUGGCAAAAGCUGACAAGAGAAGACAAAAAGGAGGAUGGAGACACACUCUUCUCUGCUGUAGAUUUUCUUGAUGCCUCUCCUCUACAAUUUUAGUCCUAAAGCUUCUCACUUUGAAGCACAGAAGAAGAAGAAAGAUCUACUAAAUUUACAAUAUUUCCUUAAAUUUGGAGUGCUUUUUUUUUCAGUACUGAAAGUAAAUAAUUUUUUUCUCUUUUUUUUUUUUCUUUUUUUUUUUAUGGGUGAGUGAUUUAUAGUCAUGCCAUGGUGUGUGUAAUUGGCAUUUUGGUAGUUACUAUUUUGGUUAACAGUUUAGGGGCUAUAAGUUUUGGUUUCAGAAUGGUUGGUUUAUGUGUAACCGAUGCGUUUAUUAUAAUUUUUACAAUGAAGAGUCUUUUAGAUUAA